AUGAAGGUGACGGACGAGGACCUGCAGAUGCUGGACGACCACAUCCUGGCCGUGCAGCAAAUGUCGUUCAGCCCGUACGUCGGCGUGUUCGAGAAGCCGGUGGCUGAGUGGGAGGAGAAGCUGCGCCUCAUAUCCGACGUCCUGGAGGAGUGGAUCCAGCUGCAGAUACAGUGGAUGUACCUGGAGCCCAUCUUCUGCAGCGAGGACAUAGCGCGCCAGCUCCCCGCCGAGAUGAAGAAGUACGCCGCCAUGGAGCGCUUUUGGCGACGCAUAAUGAAGACGGCCUCCGACUACCCGAAGCCCGUCGCCAUCUGCCCCGACAAGAGGCUCCUCGAACAGCUCAAGGAGAACCGCGCGUUACUGGAGCAGGUGCUCAAGGGCCUCUCAGACUACCUGGAGGGCAAGCGAAUGGCGUUUCCAAGAUUCUACUUUCUCUCGGACGACGAACUUCUCGAGAUCUUGGCACAAAAUCGCAAUCCACUUGCUGUGCAGCCUCAUCUCAAGAAGUGCUUCGAGAACAUCUACAAGCUACACUUUCAAGAGGAGGACUUGCAGAUCACCACCAUGUUUUCGGCCGAGGGCGAGAGUGUGGAGCUUAUCCCUCACAUGUUCCCCAAGGGAAAUGUAGAAAUUUGGCUCAGCAAGGUGGAGCAAACGAUGCAGAGCACGGUGCAGGAGACGCUGGGGCUGGCGCUGACGGACAUGGCGGGCCGGGGACGCGCGGACUGGGUGCUGCGCUGGCCGGGCCAGGUGGUGAUUGCGGGCUGCCAGACGGCCUGGACGGCCGGCGUGGAGGAGGCCAUCCGGGAGGGUGGGCUGCCCACCUUCCAGAAGACGAUGCACGCCCACAUGGACACGUACCGAGGCCUUGUUCGGGGCCAGCUGUCGCGCAUGGAGCGGCAGGUCAUGUCGGCGCUGAUUGUAGUCGAGCUGCACGCCCGGGACGUGCUGGACGGGCUCGUGGCGAACAACGUCCCCUCUGCCAACGACUUCGAUUGGAUCAGCCAGCUCAGGUACUAUUGGGUGCAGGAGGAUGAGGCCACGCUCAAGGUGCGCGCCGUCAACGCCGAGUUCCAGUACGGCUACGAGUACCUGGGCAACUCGGGCCGCCUCGUCAUCACGCCGCUGACGGACCGCUGCUACCUCACGCUCACCGGCGCGCUGCAUCUCAACUUCGGCGGGGCGCCCGCGGGGCCGGCCGGCACCGGCAAGACCGAGACCACCAAGCUAAUAACCAAAUAUAUAAUUAUCCUGUAUUUAGCUAUUGAUUCAGCUAUAGAGCUAAUCUGUCUUUUCCGUGCGGCCCUGAAAUAUCUGACAAAUGGUGACUUGGCCAAAGCCAUGGCGAUUCAGUGCGUCGUCUUCAACUGCUCCGACCAACUGGAUGUCCAGGCCAUGGGCAAGUUCUUCAAAGGAAUUGCAAGCGCCGGCGCGUGGGCCUGUUUUGAUGAGUUCAAUCGCAUCGACAUCGAGGUCCUCUCGGUGGUGGCCCAGCAAGUCGUGUCCAUCCAGAAGGCGCAGGCGGCCCGAAUGCAAAG